CAAUCUUUUUAAACUUCUUAACAUGUGCCCUAAGGGUGCAUGUUAACAAAAUCCAAAACGCAUUACCUGUAUUUGUGGAGAGGGAGCACUAGUUUGAAAAGACAUUGAUUUUUUCCUUGCUCUUUCAUUCACCUAAUAGGAACUGAAACAAAUGGAUCUUGAUUUUCUCAUGAUUGGGCUACUCUUAAUUUUUCUUGUGAGAUAAAAUUUUCCGGAUGUAGAAAGCAAAUAUGUGUGUAUAUGAAUUUCCUGUUAUAAGUAUAUUCAGGCACACUAAUAUUCCCUUUUGGAGACUAGGAAACUUCAAUUGACCACUAGAUUUUCACUUACUCUGAUCUGAACAUAAGAAACUGCCCUGCUAAAAUUUCAGGGAGUUUACCUGAUUCAAGAGAGCAAUGUAACACACAAUGAAUGAUCCUUUGCCUUCUAAGAAACAAAUAUACGACAACACCCCCUAGCAAGGCAAAACAUGAUUCAACCCUUUCCAGACAGAAUGGAAGUUUGAACAAAGUUCUCAUAGCAUCCAAAGGUGAUACAUCUAUCUCCAACAACCUCAAGUCCUUCACUUUCAAUGAUCUCAAGAAUGCCACCAAAAACUUCCGUCCAGAUAGUCUUCUUGGUGAGGGAGGGUUUGGAUGUGUCUUUAAAGGAUGGAUUGAUGAGAACACUUUUGCUCCCACCAAACCUGGAACUGGGAUUGUAGUGGCUGUCAAAAAGCUCAAGACAGAAAGCUUUCAAGGUCACUGGGAAUGGCUUACAGAAGUAAACUACUUAGGUCAGCUUCGCCAUGAAAAUCUUGUGAAACUCAUUGGGUAUUGCUCAGAUUCUGAGAAUAAACUUUUAGUUUAUGAGUUCAUGCCAAAGGGAAGCUUGGAAAAUCAUAUAUUCAGAAAAGGUGUUCAACCUAUUCCUUGGGCUACACGGAUGAGUAUUGCCAUUGAUGUUGCACGGGGAUUAUCCUUUUUACAUAAUUUGGAUGCCAAUGUAAUAUACCGUGAUUUGAAGGCUGCAAACAUUCUACUUGAUUCGGAUUUCAAUGCAAAGCUUUCAGAUUUUGGCUUAGCAAGGGCGGGUCCUACUGGAGAUAACACUCAUGUUUCAACAAGAGUUGUGGGAACUCGGGGUUAUGCUGCACCAGAAUACAUAGCGACAGGUCGCUUAACUACAAAGAGUGAUGUGUACAGCUUCGGAGUUGUCUUGUUAGAAUUGCUAUCUGGAAGGCGCGCAAUUGGGGAUGAGAGGGCCAAUGUUGAAGAAACCUUGGUGGAGUGGGCAAAGCCUUUCCUAUGUGACAACAGGCGAGUUCUAAGAAUAAUGGACACGCGACUUGAGGGUCAAUAUGCCAAGAAAGGGGCCCAAGCUGCAGCUUCACUCGCAUUACAGUGCGUAGACACAGAUCCAAGGAAUAGGCCAACCAUGUUAGAUCUUCUGUUUGCAUUGGAACAACUUAAAACAUCAAAGGACGCCACAAGAAGCUAAGAUUGAGCAUCAUGGGAUUGAAUAGUUGGCAAUUGCUACAACAAACUGAAGAUAAUUCACAGCCAGUCUCGUACACAGAUUUGUUUUUCUUAUACUACAGGAAACUAUGAACAAGGCAUAAAUUUUUACUUGGUCGUUGACAUGUAAAAAUUAAACAUUAUACUUUAUAAAAUAUCUAUACUUGUAGAUGACAUAAAAUUGUAUUUGGUUGAGAGAUUUGAGGAGAAAUUUGAAAAAGGAAAGAGAAAAAGUGUGAAA